AUGCCUUUACUAGUAAUUGCAUUGUAUCUCACUUGUUAUCGGAUAGCGUUCGCUACAGGGAUUGACGAUCCAUGCAUUCCGUUUCGUGUAAAUGGAUCAACGGGGAGGAUAGAACUUUUCGAUUAUAAGCCGAACAUGUUCUGCAGCACUUUGCUCACCGCCCCAAAUUCUCAAGGAAUUUACAUGUACUUCCUGGAACUUGAUUUAGAGGAUUAUGACAGUGUCCUCUUUGACUACAUGGUUAUGUUUGAAGGAGCAGAUUGCUUGGCUCCUCGAUUUGCGGUUACUUUUUUACAACGGAUCAUCAGCUCCCCUGCAACCAACGUGUCGCUGGUAUUCAUCAGUGACAUGACAAAUCAAGGUGUUGGUUUGAGUCUUUACUAUGAACCAGAAACUGAGGUGGAUGCUUGGAAACUUUUAAAAGCAAGUGAGUGA